AUCGUGCAUCAUCUCCGCCCCACCUUAGGUUGCACCUGCAGUCAUCUCGGCGAUAAAAGACAGACCUAGGCUACUCCUUUUCUAUUGCAGAGCACACGAUCCAUUUUACUCGACCUGGAACGUUCCGUUUACAGCAUUUAUAUGGAGAUGUAUUUCACUGAUAUGGAUUACAACAUGUCCCGAGCUUCUAAUUUUGGUGUUGCAGUCAUUUUCUUUGUUUUAAUACUCUCAGCAACAAGCACAGUGAAUGCAACAGAUGUCUCACAAACAACCAUGCAUGUCAGCAGUUCCACAAAUGACACUCUGACAACAGGAGUUCAUACUGCAGAUGUUGGCCCCACUCUUUCAUUGACUACUGGGGACAGUACUGCAACCUCAUCCUCUGUCACCACCUACUUAAUUAGCAUCAAAAUAACAAACCGGAUUUUCAACGACACUCUCAGAGAUCCAGACUCAACAGAUUAUAAAAAUCUCCGGGAGGAAGUUGAAUCAUUGUUCCGGAGUGCCUUGAAUGGCACCAGUGUCCAAUACCAAAGAGUAACACGCAUGAUUUUCAGCAAUGGGUCUGUCAUCGCAAAUUCAACAACACAGUUUGAAGCAUCCAAAAUAAAUUCAAAUAUAGUUAGAAUGGGACUUAAUAAUGCAAAGUCCUCCCUGCUUCUACAAGAAUCUUUUACUGAAGUUACUUCACCUCCAGCCACUCCAACUCCAACUCCAGCUGACUCCAGGAGCUCCAGCCCAACUGCAGCUCAACUGUUGACCACAUCUCCAGAUUUCAAAGCCACGACAGCAGCACUCAGCAGUACAGCCAUGACCACAACAUCUGCAACUGCCUCAUCUACUGAUGUCUCAUCUACUAAUGAUGCUGAUAACAUCACAUCCAGCACCAAAGGCCCUCAACAUUCUCCCUCAACGCAUCAAACUAAUCAGGGAAACUCUACCGGCUCUUUAGUGAGUUUCAGUACAAGUGUGCUUGUACAAACAAAUCAACCUUUGAUGACCAAAAUAACAGCAAGCCCAACAACAAGCACAGUGAAUGCAACAGAUGUCUCACGAACAACCAUGCAUGUCAGCAGUUCCACAAAUGACACUCUGACAACAGGAGUUCAUACUGCAGAUGUUGGCCCCUGA